AAUGAGAUGAUGGGAAGAUCAACAAUAUCAGUAAUGGUUAUUUUCAUAUGUAUCGAGUGUUUUAUGUGUAAACAAUGCCCUAACCAGGUAUGCACAUGUUACAGAUCUAGUAAAUUAGCAAAAUGUUCGAGGCGUUCAUAUAUACCAACAUUUCCGAAGUAUGUCAAAUCCAUUCAUUUACAAAACAACAAAUUGUAUACUCUGACAAGACGUUUGUUUUCAAAUAUAACACGAUACUAUAUACAAUCCUUAUCUCUGGUUUCAAACUCAGUUCGUCAUAUUGAUGACGAAGCGUUCGUCGACUUAAAGUGUUUACGCUCUUUAGAAAUUUCAAAAGAAAAACGAUUAAAUAUCACAUAUUUCAAAAAAGCAUUUAGUGGACGUGGGACAACAUUUGCGAAAAUUCGUCUAGAAGACAAUGGUUGGUCAUUUGUUCCAGAUUUUGUUGUAUCUUCUUCAGCUUUAACAAACAUUACCGAAAUACAUCUUGGGAGAAAUAGUUUUUCGAAUUUUUCCAUGAAAGGAAUAGCGAAUCUCAAAAACUUGGAGACACUAGAUCUGUCCCAAAAUAAACUUAUUACAUUUAUUAUACCAACGAUUGUGAAUAUACGUAAAUUAAUUCUGAAUAAUAACGAUAUUGUGCGACUUCCAAGGUUUUGCGUUAACAAUAGCGAUACAAGUAAUGUUCCAAGACUUAGAUCAAUCUUUUUAAACGAAAAUGCACUAUCUAAGAUAGAUCCCAAAACGUUCAGAUGUUUGCCAUCUCUUGAAAUCCUUCAACUCAAUGGAAAUAGAUUAAAUGUUUUGUUGCCUUCGGCUUUUGACACAAUGCCUCAAUUGAAAAAUUUAUCUAUUGAAAAAAAUAAGUUAACAAAAAUAUACGGAAAAGCUUUUCAAAGUCUAUCCCUACACAGGCUGAAUAUUGGUUUCAACAAUUUUCACUUUCAUCGAUUAAGAGGAGUCGAUUACAUAUUACAUAGAAUGUUUAGUCCUCUAACAAAUCUUACCAAUUUGAAUCUGGACUCUACUCGUCUAACAUGGAUACCACCUAAAGCUUUUCAAUCACUGCGAUCACUAAAAUGGCUGACUCUACAAGGCAACUCUUUGUCCUCGUGGAAUGACAGGCUAUUUGAGCCGAUGAAAAACUUGCGGUACUUGAAUCUUCAAGGUAAUUAUAUCAGCCUUAUCAACGAAUCAUCGUUCCCAGAUGAAAUGUUAAACAGACUUGAAACACUUGAUCUAUCAAAAAAUCAUUUUGCCUGUACAUGCAAUCUUAUGUGGUUUCGAGAUUGGAUCAGACACAAAAAUCUUAGUUUACCAAAACUGACCAACUUUCCACGUGAAUAUAAAUGCAUUUAUCCAGAAAAAAUGCAUAGAGUACUCUUAAAAGAUUAUAAUCCAACGAAAGAGAGUUGUACGCCCUGGAACCCGUUAUUCACAGUAGUGAUAACGUUAGCAUCAUUUACAGUGUUGGUUCUUGUUCUAUUACUAACCGCAUACAAAUGUCAUUCCAAUAUCAGAAACUACUGCUACCUGUUCCGACUGAACACACUUAAACGCAAAGGCUAUAUAAGAUUAAAUAGUAGCGAGGAUUACGAGUACCAUGCAUUUGUAGUAUACUGUGACGCAGACAGGAAAUGGGUCCAUAAUAUUUUCUUGCCUAAACUUGAAAACGAAGGUUUCAAGCUGUGUAUACAUUUCCGAGACUUUGAUGUUGGGGUCUCAAAAACUGAAAACGUAGAUACUUAUCUAAAGAAAUGUUGGAAAAUUAUAGUUAUUAUGAGCAAUGAAUUUGCAAAGAGUGAAUGGUGUCAAUGGGAGCUAGAAUUUUCACAAGACCGCAGACGCAGGCAAGGAAGAAACGCAUUUCUACCAAUUAUGCUGAAAACCAUUAAUUCAAAGCACAUGAUAUGUCCAAUUAGGACAUUGCUGAAAACAACUCCAUAUGUUACACAUCAAACUGGAGUAGGAGAGGAUUUAUUUUGGAAAGCUGUAAUUGAAGGCAUACAGAAACCUCUGGAAAUGCCUAAUCAAAAAACAUAUAUCCUGUUUGUUUUCAUGUGUAUUUAUUACGGCUGUUCAUCUUGUGACCUAAAAUGUAGAUGUGAUGUAAAAACAAGAUCAGCUUUUUGUUCUAAGCUCACAUACAUACCAAGAUUUCCAGAAUAUGUGAAAUCUAUCUCUUUAACCAACAACAAAUUUCACAUUAUCAACAGGGAAUUUAUGUCAAAUUUAACGAAAAACGACAUAACAUCUCUAACGCUUACCUCGAAUGCAAUUCGAAUUCUAGAUGAGGACGCGUUUUCUGGUUUGCCAGUUUUGAAAAGUCUCAUUUUAUCAGGUGAGAAGGAAUUGAAUAUUCCUGAUGUCAAAAAGGCAUUAAGUAAAUUAAUAGCUUCUCUGGAAUACAUUGGCUUAAUGGAAAAUGGUUGGACUUAUAUUCCUUCUGGCAUAUUCGAUGCAAAGGCUUUUAAAAAUAUAAGGAAAAUUCAUCUUUCCAAGAAUAAACUCCUAGAAUUUACUUUUGCCGAAGUCGCAAAUCUUACGAACUUGAAUCGACUUGAUCUCACAACAAAUAAACUCAUCACUCUUAAUGUGACACACUAUAUUACUGUGAAAGACAUGAUUGUUGAUGGAAACGAUAUUGUUCGUCUUUCGAGUUUUUGUAACAGCAUUGACGGGACAAGUCUACUGCAAAAACUUCAAUUACUACGCAUAAACGACAACGCUCUUUCUGAACUAACACCGACCAUGUUCAAAUGUUUGCCGUCACUUAAAACCCUCCAGCUGAGUGGUAAUAGAUUGACUGUGUUGUUGAACGAUACGUUUAGCAGUAUACCUCAGCUGACCGAAUUACAUGUGCAAUACAACAAAUUGAAAAAAAUUGAGCGAAAUGCUUUUAAAAGUUUAUCGUUGCAAAGGCUUAGAUUUGGAUAUAACGGAUUUCAUUUUGAUGAAGAUCAACGAUUUCAUCCAAAUUAUAUAUUUAAAAAUGUUCCUAAGUUAACAGAGUUAGAUUUGAGGAAUAACUUUUUACCAUCAGAUAACGAACCUGUGUUACGUCAAAUGUUUAGUCAUUUAAAAAACCUUACUUCACUGAAUCUCGCUGCAACAUAUCUGCAAAAAUUACCAACUAACGUUUUUCACUCAAUGUCAUCACUUCAACGCUUGAUUCUUCAAGGGAAUAACUUGCGUAAUUGGCAAAAAGGAACAUUUGAAAACAUGACACAUUUACAAAGCCUAAGUCUCCAAGGGAAUUAUAUUCAGUUGAUUAACUCUUCGUCUUUUCCGAAUGAACUGUUAAUGAGACUGAAAUCUCUCGACCUCUCAAACAAUCAUUUCUCGUGUACAUGUGACCUGAUGUGGUUUCGUGAUUGGUUAAGAAAUAAAGAUAAAAACCGACCAAUUUUGCUUAACUUUCCACACAGGUACAAAUGCAUUUCACCGGAGAAUAUGCAUGGGAAAUAUUUGAUAAGAUAUAACCCAACCAACGUCAUAUGCACACCUUGGAAUCAACUAUAUACAACGGCCAUUAUUUUGUCAUCAUUUGGCUUUAUAAUAAUUACUCUUAUAGUUGGGGCAUACAGAUGCCACGCAAAUAUCCGAAAUUAUUUCUAUCUGUUUAGAAUACACAGACUAAAACGACGGGGAUAUAUUCGUCUAAAUAGUAGCGAAGAUUACGAAUAUCAUGCAUUUGUAGUUUACUGUGACGCUGAUAGAGAAUGGGUUCAUAAUAUUUUCCUGAGAAAACUCGAAGAUGAUGGUCUCAAGCUGUGUGUUCAUCAUCGAGACUUCGAUAUUGGCGCAUCAAUAACAGAAAACAUAGACACUUACUUACAAAAAUGCUGGAAAAUUAUUGUAAUUAUGAGUAAUGAUUUUGCUAAAAGCGAGUGGUGUCAGUGGGAAGUAGAGUUUUUGCAGGAACGUAGGCGUCAACAAGGAAAAGAUGUAUUUUUACUCAUCAUGUUGAAAACUAUAAAUUCUAAUCAUAUGACGUGUCCUGUUAAAACUUUGAUCAAGACAACUCCAUACCUCACCUAUAAAGGUGGAGUAGGGGAGGACUUAUUUUGGAAAGCUGUCUUUGAGAGUAUCAAAAAGCCUCUUGGCGAUCCACCAGUUGCAAUGUGACAAGAUACACGACACUGUCAGUUUACCCCAGUUGUAGAAAAGCUCUCACCUGUAUCAAGACUAACAAUUACCUAGACAUGUUACA